AUGGCGGCGGGUGGCGGUGGUGGCGGUGGUGGUUGGUGGCGGCGGCAGCGUGCUGGCCCGGACUCGCGGGUGGUCAGAUUCUUCCUGAAGUUCUUCCUCAAGUGUAACCAGAACUGUUUGAAAAAUGCAGGAAACCCUCGAGACAUGCGGAGGUUCCAGGUGGUGGUCUCUACUACAGUCAACGUGGACGGUCACGUGCUCGCAGUCUCAGACAACAUGUUCGUCCACAACAACUCCAAACAUGGCCGCCGCGCCCGACGCCUGGACCCCUCCGAAGCCACUCCCUGCAUUAAAGCCAUCAGUCCGAGCGAGGGCUGGACGACCGGCGGCGCCACCGUCAUCCUCAUCGGAGACAACUUCUUCGACGGACUGCAGGUCGUCUUCGGCACCAUGCUGGUCUGGAGCGAGCUGAUCACUCCUCACGCCAUCCGGGUCCAGACGCCUCCUCGCCACAUUCCCGGCGUCGUUGAGGUAACGCUGUCCUACAAGUCCAAGCAGUUCUGCAAAGGAGCGCCGGGCCGCUUCGUCUACACCGCGGCGGCGGCGGCGGCGGCACGGGAGAGAAGAGAAGACGAGAGAAGAGAGGCGAGAGACGACGAGGAAGAGCGGGCUCACAAUGGACGACUCAGACGAGGUGCAGUUGAAGGUGAAGUGACGAGCGGUAACAUCCGAGCGUUUCCCAUGUUCUCCGUCUCUCUUCCUCUCUGGAGCUUAGAGCGGCUCGGGGUUCUGAUCCCGCGGCUUCGCUCUGAGAAACUGGCCCGAAG